UUCCAGCAUGAGGGCUGCUUUCAUUUGCCUUCUUAAAUGCCUUCUGCAUUUAAUUUGCCUAAAAGUUCUUUGCGUCAGAGACUCUCUUGCCGUGCCCAUUGUUGGGGGCCGCAUUGUGUCUAGCGUGGAUGGCGCCGCGAAGUAUCCCUUUAUGGUGUCACUACAAGAUGUGGUGAAGGAAUAUGGAAACGAUGGCAAUGCUACCCAUAAGCGGGUAUAUCAGCACUUCUGUGGCGGAAGCAUCAUUAGUGAGCGCUGGAUACUGACUGCUGCGCACUGUGUCUGGAGAAAAAGGACUGAGAACAUAGUCGCUUUCAUCGGCUAUGAAAAUAUUGAUAAUGUGGAAAAUCUAAAAGCCUAUUGUGUGAAGAGUGCAGAAUAUAUUUACUUUCAGCCUUCCAACUACCGCAAUGAUAUCGCACUGCUCUAUCUGAAGCGCCCCUUCAAAGGACAAUUGGUCAAGGACUUGCAGUUCGCUCAGCUACCGCCUCAUGGAAUGAAGCCCAAUAGCAAUGAAUCGUGCAGAAUAAUUGGAUACGGCGCGACGAGGCAUGCUGGGCCAUCGCAGAAGCUGCUCUUCGAGGCCGAGGUGCGGGUGAUUGGGAAUCAGCAAUGUCGCGAUAUUAUCGGCCACAUUUGGGCGCCCAAAAACGAUGCGAAUACGGUCUGUGCGCUGGGCAACAAUCAGGACUCGUGCCAGGGCGACUCGGGUGGUCCGCUAAUAUGUCCAUAUAGCGCGAAUGGGCGCGAAUACAUUUACGGACUUGUCUCCCACGGCCUGACCUGCGGCAUUCCUGGCAUGCCCAGCAUCUACACGGUGACGCGACCCUACUACGAAUGGGUGCAGCUGCUCAUCCAGAAGUAA